AUUUCUCAUACAGUAUCAUAGGUUAUGAAUAUUAUGAUUAAUUAAUUGUAAUGCUACCAAGUACCAAGUGACAUUUUUUGGUUAUGUUGAAUGACAUAGUGACUUUUAAUGUGAUAUUUUGAAAAAGUCAGAAAACCAAAAUUGGUAACUCACGAAGUUCAAACCGUAACAUGGAAGAGGAGGAAGAGAUUGAGGAGGAAGUCCAGUACGAAAGUUUAUAUGAUGAUAAUGAUGAACCUGACCUUUCUGUAGUCCUUGCGUUACUAUUACGCAGUGGCCAAGUUCGUCUCAGUCAAGGUGUUAUAAAUCGAUUUGGUGAAGGCUCUGAUGAAGAUGACGAAGACGCCAGUGAAAAUCAAGCAGGUUUAGAAGAGCCUGACACUAUUAAAGAAAGCGAUUUAACACAAGAUGUCCUUCUUCAUACUGGAAGACUAGCAAACACUAAAGCAAAUUCCAAAGAAAGUAUUGUAAAAUCAGUUUGGAAACGAGAACUUAGUUGUUGUGGGGCCAAGAGAAAAAAUGUUUUCACUGCUGGUUGCCAAACUGCUAUUUGUUCACAUCAAAUUCCCAAUACAGUUGUUAACUCGGUAUCUCUAAGAGAAAAGGUUUUUUGUGGUAUCUAUUCUGAAGAUGGAAACACUUUCCUAUCAGCUUGUCAAGAUAGUCAUUUAAGAGUGUAUGAUGCAAAUAGAUUUGAUGAUGUAUCGCGAACUUGUAAGCCAUUUAAGAAUAUACCUGCACUUGAUAUAGGGUGGAGCAUUCUUGAUGUAGCUUUCAGUCCUGAUGCACUUUACCUUGCUUAUACUACAUGGUCCAGUGUUCUGCAUAUUGCAUCAAUAUAUGAUAACGAAGAUGUAAAUUUAUCCUCCCACCACGCAAUGGACCUAAGACCAGAGAAUUAUAACUUUGCUGCAUUUUCAUUGCAGUUUUCUGCCGACAAUAAUGAAGUACUAUGUGGUGGAAAUGAUGGCCAUUUGUAUAUAUAUGAUCGGAAUAGAAAUUCUAGAACUUCUCGAAUAUAUGCUCAUGAAGAUGAUAUUAAUGCAAUCCGUUUUGCGGAUAAAGGAUCCCAGAUAUUGUAUUCUGGGGGAGAUGAUGGACUUGUUAAUGUUUGGGAUAGGAGGAUGUUGCAUGAGAAUAGUCCACAAAAAGUUGGCUCAUUUGCUGGCCAUGUGGAUGGAAUUACCUUCAUUGAUUCAAAAGACGAUUCAAGAUAUCUUCUUUCAAACAGUAAAGAUCAGACUAUAAAAGUUUGGGACGUUAGGAAGUUUUCAUCAGCAGGUGCCCAGGAAGCAGUCAAAGUGGCGGUUGCGCGACAAGCCUGGGAUUAUCGCUGGCAACAGGUUCCACGGCGGCAGCGUAACAGAAAAAAGACUGUAGCUGGGGAUACUUCAAUAAAAACAUAUCAUGGACAUGAAGUCACAAAUACUCUUAUUAGAGCUAGGUUUUCUCCUAUGCAUACAACAGGUCAAAGGUAUAUUUACACUGGGUGUUCAAAAGGAAAUGUCGUCAUUUAUGACAUUUUAACAGGAGAGAUUGUAUCAAAAAUAAAGAGACAUAAGCACUGUGUGAGAGAUGUGUCAUGGCAUCCUUAUGAACCAAAAUUGGUAUCAACUUCAUGGGAUGGGACUUUUAGUGUAUGGAGUCAUGAAACAGAAGCGGGUGAUGUUGAAAUGGACAUAUCAAAACCAAGCAGAAAACGUCGCUUGGGUGGCAAAGAUUGUGAUGAAGAAGAUGGUCAUUCCUAUGGAUUGAGAAGAAGUCCACGCUUGGCAAGAGCUAACUAUACAAGUACUUGAGCAGCUUAUUUAGAGAAAUAGUUAUGCAACUAACUAUGUUCCAGUCUCCUGUGGUACGAACUGUUGAGAUUUUGUGAAAAAAUAAACGAAAGCUCAAUUCAACUGAUUUUAUUAAAAAGAAAAUUUUUCACUUUCACAGGUAAUUCCAAUUCAUUUAGGGAUAUUCUUAACCAAAUCGAGAUCUGCUUACUGGGAAUGGUAAAGUGGUAUAUAUUAUUCGAACCAAAUUUGAAAUUCCCAGAUAUUAUUCUCUCAUUUCUCUGUUAUAUCUUGCAUGUAGUAAAAUUACCAUUUGAAUAUGCCCAUGGUAGAUAACUACCGGUAAGUUUUAAUGUGUGUCUAUUUUGCAGACAAAAUUUGGUUACUUGAAAAAUAGAAUAGUUCUGGAUUCCACAACUAAUUAGGAGAGCAAAAUGUUUGGAAUGUUCUGUUUCUUGAUAUUAUUCUUCAUAUUAUCAAAAUCAUUCUUCAGAAUAUGCACCAUAAGUCAUUCUCUUUAUAGAAUCUCUAAUCCCAUCAACAAUUAGGGUAAUACAGAAUGUGCCAUUUCAGUCGGAACCUCUUAAUUUGGGACCUUUCUCUUAAAAUUCCAUUCUUACAUUUUUAAUAAUUAUCAUUUAUACAUAAUUGCA